CUUCUUAGGCUGAAAGACGCGGAAUUAAGCGUGAGAUAGAAUGGUAUAGGUGCUUGUCGGGUAUUGUAUGAAAUGGGGAUUUCGUAAUUUCGAAUAAUCGUGCUGGAACCGACAUUCCCCCGAAUUGAAGAUAUUUGUACAAUUCAUGAGUCUGCCGACAUGCCGAGUCGCUUCGUGAGAUUUUAUCGUUGGCGAGGUCCAGUCCCUGAACUUUGUGAGUUAGAAUAUCGACUUCCUUCUACCUUGUCCUCAUCAAAACUUGAUUAUAGACCUGUCCAAGUAUAGGAUGUGGUCUACGUUUUGGGCCGUCUGGGUCCUAAGUCUUCUCGGUUCUCUGCCUCCCUCGUAUUCCCAAGGGACCAUUCCAUCGGCCGACGACUAUACCUGCUCCCUAACGAAAACCUGCGCCAUAGGAUGUUGCGGUAAUUCUGGCGUCUGUGGACUAGGACCUGACUUUUGCGGCACCGGAAACUGCACUUCUAGUUGUGAUGCGAAGUCUGAGUGCGACCCUGGCUGGGGAUCGGAAUGGAGCACGGCAGAAAAAUGCCCCCUUAAUGUCUGCUGUUCGAAGUAUGGGUUCUGUGGAACUACCUCAGAUUUCUGCGGGAACAAGACCGUCAAGAAGCCCUCCUGCAGUGGGAGUUCAGCGGAUGGAAGAUCAAUUGGAUACUAUGAAGGAUGGUCAAUCAGCCGGGCUUGUGAUGCCAUGGUCCCCGAAGCACUCCCCGCUGGUGCUUAUACUCAUCUCAACUUUGCGUUUGCCUACAUAAAUCCCGACACAUUCGAGGUGGCCCCUAUGAGCGAGAGUGACAUGGGUCUUUAUUCUCGCUUCACUGGUCUCAAAGAGGACAAUACGGGCCUUGAGACAUGGAUAAGCAUCGGUGGAUGGUCGAUGAAUGAUGCCGACCAGCCGACUGCCACUACGUUUUCGGACCUUGCGGCUUCGACAUCGGCUCAAAAGGCAUUUUUCAAAUCCUUACUGUCAUUCAUGACAACUUAUGGCUUCGACGGCGUUGACAUUGACUGGGAGUAUCCCGUUGCUUCGGAAAGAUCUGGCAAAGCUGCCGACCUCAAGAAUUACCCAACAUUCUUGCAGAACCUAAAAACUGCACUGGGCUCAACAGGUCACAACUACGGAUUGUCAAUCACUGUCCCGUCUAGUUAUUGGUAUAUGCAGAACUUUGACAUCGUCGCGAUCGAAAAGACUAUUGACUGGUUCAAUGUCAUGACCUAUGAUCUCCAUGGAACAUGGGACUCGACAGAUCCAUACAUUGGUCCGUAUGUAUAUGCACACACUAACCUGACUGAAAUUGACCAGACAAUGGAUCUCUUUUGGCGCAACAGCAUAUCUCCUUCAAAGAUUAAUCUUGGACUUGGCUUUUACGGCCGAAGCUUCACUCUUACUGAUCCGUCGUGUACAGCAGCUGGCUGCCCAUUCAGCAGUGGCGGCAAUCCAGGUAACUGCUCGGCAUCCUCUGGAACUUUGAUGGACUCGGAGAUUCUCUCUAUAAUUGCCGAAGGCGGUACAACUUCAGUCCUUGACAAAGAUGCGGCUGUCAACAUCGUCACAUGGGACACGGAUCAGUGGGUUUCAUACGAUGACGAGACAACAAUUAAGAUGAAAAAAGAUUAUGCUAAUGGCAAGUGCCUUGGCGGUACUAUGGUAUGGGCGGUUUCUACAGAUACGAACAAUGGAUCAGUGAGUCAAGAGCUUUUGGAGAUGAACAGCCUCAUCAAGAAGAGUCUUUUCGGAGGUCAAACCCCUCAGGUUUCAUCGCUCUCACAGUGUGUUUGGGGAGGAUGUGAUGAAGACUGUCCUUCUGGCACUACCCCCGCAACCAACGGGAAAGGAAAAUCAGCUUCAAAUAUGGCGAUCUACUCAGGAUGCUUCAAUGGUCAGAAGCGCAAUUACUGUUGCCCCACGGAUAAUGUUCCGACUUGUCACUGGGCUCAGCUCCCCUUUGCCGUAGCCAUUCCUGCUCAAAGGGAGAAGCCCAAGUCGCAACCGAUCAAUCUGCCACGGGCCAUAGCUGUUGGUUCAACCAUAAGUCCUUAUGCUGUACUUCGACGUCAUCCGAUGCAGCAGUUGGGCAGUGCAAAUGGUCAGGCUCUGCACCACACUGUGCAAGUGGUGACAAUCAUGCCGGUUGUGCUUCGGGUUAUCCUGAGUACUUAACAGAUAGCGUAGAUGGGCAAGGUGGAGAGUCAGUCUGCUAUAAGGGGAUGAAAAGUUUGUGCUGUACAGAUCCCGUUCCUUAUCAGAACUGCUCA